GCACCUGCGGCUCCUCCUGCCGCCCGCGGGCCCCGCUCACCUCACCUGCUGCCACCGCCUGCACAGGGAUACAUGCCGUGUCCAAAGGGAUUCUUCUCCUCCCUUGUCCAGCCUUAUCUUACACAUUUAAUGGAGAAAGCGCUGAAAUUUCCAUUCAUACACAUCUACCUGCUUCUCCAGCCUUCCUACAGCAUGACCGCAGGGGCUCUGGAAGGACCUCCCGGAGCUGCAGCCAGAGUUAAUAACCUGUAAAAGAGCUGAAUCUCGAGAUCUGAGUGAAAUGGCACUUUUGGAAUUGUGCUUUUAACCACACCUGGCUGGGGAAAGUGCAGAAGCUCUGUCUGUAUAUGUGCGUAUGAGAGGAAUUCGUGCCAUGCAGAUGAGUUUGCUGACUCGGUGACAGAGAGGGACCACAGGUGAGUCCCCAGCGAUCUGCUUUGCCAAGAGGAUUUUUCCAGCCCCUAAUCACAGAAAAGCCCUCCAUCUGCUCCCUGGAGUUGGCGGUUCUCAUCUGUUUCAAGUGAAAAUAGCCAAGAAUAGAAAACGGCACGUAAUAAAGCAUCUCCAGCCAAGCAGCCGCCUUGUCCCGGGUGCCCCUCAAAGCAGCAUUCCCUCUGCUGGGGUCUCGGUCUCCGGGCGAGAGAAAGAGCUGCGAAGGGUUAAGCCACUGACUUGCUUGCUAGGCAAAGUUUGAGGAAGAAUAUGUCUGAGGCUGGAUACGCUGCAGCCCCGCGUUUGAAAUCUGUCACCCUGACCUAGGAGCGCGGCAUCUCUGGUUGCCGGCGGUGAGUGAUGAUGAUGGCACGGCGAUAAGAUCGCUCGGCGGCGGUGCCCGGGGCCGCCGGGGAACCGAAGACAGGAAAUUGCCAGGCGUUCAGCCGCUUCAGCGGGGUGUGCUUCAGUGUCAUCCGUGGGUGUCAGGGUCAAACGACCGCCUGGAGAGCACUUUGGGAAGAUAAUUUCUUUCCUCCUUUCCUUGAGAGCAACCUUGGGUGUUGGUGACCAGUGGCAGCUAUGGAAAACAGAGCCCUCGGUGGUGAUCCCUAAAGCAGUACCAUGCUGGAGCCCAGCUGUUCUGCCACUUUCUCCCCUUUCAACCUGCCGGACCCGGUGGGCUUUGGGUGACCUACAGAGAAGGAACCCCUUUCCGCAGGAGCAGGCAGGCCAGAUCUGACAGAUAGCGGAUAUGAGGACUUUGCUGACAUCAGAAAGCUGACAGAAACCAACAGACUUCAGUGAAAUACCCCUCCAAGCACAGAGACUUAUGGUAGCUUUAAAGUAACCUGUUGUUCAUCUGCAAAGACAUGGCUACUGGUACCUUCAGCACACAUGGAGGAAGGCAACAAACAUUGUAACCUGGCUAAUAAUACUCUGUUUUCCUUAUCAAAAGUAGGAGGUAGGCCACUUAUAAAAGGAUUAUUUCAUGCUUAGCCUCCAGGACUUUAACUCUGGCCUGAACACUGGACAUAAAUAGAAGCCAACGUUAAUGACCUGAGAUUUUGUUACCUGUCCGUUAGUAUCGUUAUCAGUUCUUAAACACUUUGGUACUUUAUUUCUUUAAAGUAGAAAUGGGUUCGUGGACUAAAAUGUUGCCCACAGAUUGGGUUCUUCUCAUGAAAUCAUGGCUUAUCUUUUCCCUGGGGCUCUACAUACAGGUCUCCAAAACUUUGGCCUGCCCAAAAGUUUGCCGCUGUGACCGAAACUUUGUCUACUGUAAUGAACGAAGCUUGACCUCAGUGCCUCUUGGGAUACCAGAGGGUGUAACCGUCCUCUACCUCCAUAAUAACCAAAUUAAUAAUGCUGGAUUUCCUGCAGAGUUGCACAAUGUCCAGUCUGUGCACACAGUCUACCUGUAUGGCAAUCAAUUGGAUGAAUUCCCCAUGAACCUGCCCAAAAAUGUCAGGGUUCUCCACCUGCAGGAAAACAACAUUCAGACCAUUUCACGUGCUGCUCUUGCUCAGCUUUUGAAGCUGGAAGAACUGCACCUGGAUGACAACUCCAUCUCCACUGUUGGCGUUGAGGAUGGGGCGUUCCAGGAAGCCAUCAGCCUCAAGCUUCUGUUCUUGUCCAAGAAUCACUUAAGCAGUGUGCCAGUGGGCCUUCCGCUGGACUUACAAGAGCUUCGUGUAGAUGAAAACCGAAUUGCUGUCAUUUCAGACCUGGCCUUCCAGAAUCUUACAAGUCUGGAGCGUCUGAUUGUGGAUGGCAAUCUCCUUACUAAUAAAGGCAUAGCUGAAGGCACCUUUAGCCACCUCUCCAAGCUCAAGGAGUUCUCAAUAGUUCGGAAUUCACUGACUUACCCUCCUCCCGAUCUUCCAGGUACACAUCUGCUCAGACUCUACUUGCAGGACAACCAGAUAACCCAUAUACCACUUACAGCCUUUUCAAACCUCCACAAACUGGAACGUCUUGAUAUUUCCAACAAUCAACUUCGGAUGUUGGCAAAGGGAGUAUUUGAUAAUCUCCAUAACCUGAGACAGCUCACUGUAAGGAAUAAUCCCUGGUUAUGUGACUGCAGUAUUAAGUGGGUCACCGAAUGGCUCAAAUUUAUCCCUGCUUCCAUCAAUGUACGGGGUUUUAUGUGCCAGGGACCAGAGCAGGUCCGAGGUAUGGCAGUCAGGGAGCUCAAUAUGAAUAUGUUGUCAUGCCCCACCACCACCCCUGGUCUGCCACUCAUCAUCACCCCAGUCCCAGCUACAACCCUGCCAACUACAUUAGUUCCCAGCUCAUCAUUUCCUUCCUCAAGUAGUAAAUAUAACCCUCUCACUCCCAUCAUAGCCACACUCCCCACUGUGCCUGACAGGGAGGACAGAGAAAGGGUGACGCCUCCUUUGUCUGAAUGGAUUCAGCUCUCCAUCCAUUUUGUGAAUGACACUUGCAUCCAAGUCAACUGGAUGUCCCUUUUUACCGUGAUGGCGUAUAAACUCACGUGGGUUAAAAUGGGCCAUAGUCUGGUAGGAGGAAUUGUUCAUGAACGAAUAAUCAGCGGUGAGAAGCAGCAAUCAAGCUUGGUAAAUCUGGAGCCCAAAUCCACUUACCGGAUUUGUUUGGUUCCACUGGAUACUUACAACAACUACCGAACUGGAGAAGACACUGUCUGUUCAGAAGCCACAACCAAGGCUUCCUUUUUGAAUGGCAGCAACAUCCCUUCCAGCCAUGAGCAGACGACUUCUCAGAACCUAGGCUCCCCAUUUCUGCUGGCAGGGUUGAUUGGGGGUGCAGUGAUAUUUGUCCUCGUGGUCUUGCUCAGCAUUUUUUGCUGGCACAUGCACAAAAAAGGUCGUUACACCUCCCAGAAGUGGAAAUACAACCGGGGCCGUCGGAAAGAUGACUACUGUGAGGCAGGGACCAAGAAGGACAACUCCAUCCUGGAGAUGACGGAAACCAGCUUCCAGAUUGUCUCCUUAAAUAACGAUCAGCUCCUUAAAGGAGAUUUCAGACUGCAGCCCAUUUAUACCCCAAACGGGGGCAUUAACUACACAGACUGCCACAUCCCCAACAACAUGCGAUACUGCAACAGCAACGUCUCAGACCUGGAGCACUGUCAUACGUGAUAGUGAGGGAGCAUGGGGGUCUCUAGGACAAGGAGAAAGAACUCUAGAAAAAAUAAGCCCCCCAAGGAUAAUGGAAAAAAAAUUACAUUUGAUAAAUGUUACACAGAUGCAUUUAUGCAUUUGAAUACUCUGUAAUUUAUACGGUGUACUAUAUAAUGGGAUUUAAAAAAAAAAGUGCUAUCUUUUCUAUUUCAAGUUAAUUGCAAAUGGUUUUGUAACUCUUUGCUUUUUAAAUCUUUAAAAAAAUAUUGCUGAGUACUGUACAGGGUUGUACAAUAAGAACCCAAUGUCAUGGCAAAGGAAAGAAUGACUCAUUCUUCAAACAUUAACCACUUUGCUGUCGAAGCAGUCUGAGGGAUGUUAAGUUUCUAGGUGUCCUGGAAUACAGGCAAAUAAGUGCAUAUUAAAACAGGGUCACUAGGAGCAGACAAAAGUAAUUCAGAUAAAAUGGGCACAACUCUUCUGACUUGAACCCAGCAGUUGCUGUUGAGAUUCAAACAAUUGGAAACACAUCCGUUCCUCUUUGUCAAUUCUGCACCUCUCACCUCCAACUGAAUGCUGGAGUUCGGAGCGCUGCCAAAAAAGCUACUUUCUUGUUUGAUUAGUUUCCUUUCAAUCUACUUGGAAUAGGAAACGUGGAAAGAGCUCAGUGUCAAACUCAAAGUGACCUUGAUUCCUAUUUGCAAAAGUUGCUCCGAAAAUUUCCCCAGUGCUAGAUACCUUAUCUUAGAAACUGUUCGUGCUUUUUAUUAGGAUUUCAAAGCUUUAGGCAUUCUCUGACCCUUCUCAGUGGGAGGUGAAGGCAUGUAAUAGUGUGUAAAAGAGGGCUGUCAUUAAGUUGCACCUCUUAAUGAAUCAUCAUUUGUUGACAUAGCAUGUUCAGGUAAAGCCAGAGCGAGGGAAAUCCCGAGUGCUCCAAGCUCUGCAGUAUUCAUGUACACGUUCAUGUAAUUUGAAAUCUAAAAGUGCGUAUUGCUGAAAACAUGCUGCAAAAUAUAAUGGCAAUGGAAAGGUUUUGCUAAUAAUUUGUAUAGUUCAAGCUUCGUUCCACUUAACGGUCUGAGUUAUCUUCAUUACGGAGAAAUAGGUGGGAAAAAAAAUAACAAAAAGAGAAAGCAAACAAGAAAUAUAUUGUUAAAAAAUUAUUUAGUACUGGAAAGACCCCCAGGGCUAUAAAGAACUGAAAUAUGUUCAGUGGGGAAAAUCAUGUACAAAUCUUGGUGAGUUUUGUUUGUUUGUUUGUUUUGCUUUUUUUCCUUCCCAAUUAAAGUAUACAGAGACUGACAUUAGCUAAGCAUUUGAUUGACUGGGGAAUUUUGAGAACACAGAUACACAGUGUCCCUCUGAAUUAACCUUCUUUUACCUUAAGCAUUUUCUAGUUUCCCAUAAUGAUUCUGCUUCACAAGCAGUAGGUGGGUUUAGAAUUUGCUUUUUUAUACCCUCAGAUUCUUUGGUUACAAUACCUUCUCAGUCCUUGAGCUUUACAUGCACUAUUGCAAAAACAACGUUUGUAUUAAAACCAUAAUGCAGCUCUCAAAAUUAUGUAAUGUUUCAGCCACUCUGCUAAGUCAUUGACUGCUGAGAACUGUAUUGGAAUCUGAUUUUUGGGGUGGGGUUCAGUUUGCUUUUUUAAUGUAGCUAAUUUUCUCCUGAGUUUGGGGACAAGUUAAAGCUACAUCACGUUGGAAAAAGAAAAAGAAAAAAAGAUAGAUACAAAACUUCCCUGAGGUAGUAGUGAACCAAAGAGAAAGUUUUACAGUGAUCACUUAGGGAUAGACAGAAAGUUGCUGCAUGUGGAUUGGAAAUAAAGGCUGAAGCACUUUUACAGUUGAAUGCUUAGAUUUUUUCACUUUAUGAAGCUCCUUAUGAUGGAAGAGAUGGUUUUAAUCCUUUCCGUCUCUCAUUUCACUCAACCCAUUCUUGAAACUCAGCAGUAUAUAAGCAUGUAUUUUUUGCAACUCAAAUCACAUGAUAACACUAAUUUUCUGCAAUGACAAAAUGAACCCAGUUAUGAUGGCAAAGUACAACCAUUUUUGUAAGGAACCACAUCCUCCCACCAACAACUUUAAAAAUCACAUUUUGAAAUUCCACUCUAUAUUCUAUAUAUUUGCUAUUUUUGCCAGCUAUAGCAGGUAUUCUAAGCAACCUGUGUGGCUACUGUAAUAUUUAAGUCACUAAAAUUUUGCUGAUUAAAAGUUUACCAUAUGUUUCCAAAUGACAUAAUUCUAGGUAGGAAUGUCUAUGCUAAGUGGAGGGUUUUUUCUGUGAUCUGUUUACUGAAGAUGAUAGUAAGGCUGAUACUUUAGAGCUUUGGUUCUUGGUUUUGGUGGCUUUUGUUUGGUUUUUUUUUGGGUUUUUUUGUUUUGUUUAACAUAUUUUAGGUGCCACAGUUCAAAAGACAAGCAGCAAAUAGUUGUGCUCCUGAUGCCUCUGUUGCAUGCUGGAGUUUGCUGGACGUUAAGCAGAGCCAGUGAUUCCCAUUGGGUGCGGACAUAGUAUUUAAUUUCAAUGAAAUAACUGGUUGUACAUUUGGUUUCAAAAGGCCUCCUUGGAAAGUACAUGCUUCUAGUGUUUUGUACUUCAGUGACUGAUGCAGGAGGAAUCUUCAGUUCUGGACAUCAGCGUACCAUAGGCACCUUAUUUGUAGCAAUUGACUUAAUUCAGGGAGUUUGGCCUGUACUGCAGGUGAAUGAUCCACAAGCCCAACCUGAUGACAACAAAUCUGGUUAUUUAUCAAAGAGGGUGAAAGCAGAAGGCAUUUACAAACUGUUCAUUUUGAUCUUGAACGAUGAAACACAUAUAUGUAUAUUUAUAUACGUAGACUAUAACUCACCUUGAUCAAAAAUUGCAAUGAUAUUAAAGAUAACAUGCUUUAUGCUUCCUUUCACUAUGAAGAAAAAUAUAUCAAUUUGUAUGGGAUAAAAGAUUCUUUACUAUAAAGACUCUUCUGAAAAAAGCAUAACAAGCGCCUUAUACUGAAAUUUGUGGAUAGAGCAGGGAAUAUUAUCGAAAAAAAUUUGGAGUUGUAGGCAACUGAAGUGUCAUAUGUGUCAUUUGAAGAAUGUUUCUCCCAAUUUAAUUGCUCCUUAGCUCCAAAAUGUAUUUGGCAAUGUAUUUCAGCCUACCAUAGAAUUAGGGAUUUCUGAAAGUGCCAGUCACACAAACACCUGAGAUUUCAUUUCAGUUCCCACCUAGAUAAGCAUUUAGUGAGCAAAUUUCACUAGGUAAAGUAUGUGGGAAAAGUCAGAGUUAAAAAUGGACAAUGAUAUUUUUGAAAUUUAAAGUUCAAGAUUAGCAUCUUUUUCCUUAGGCUUUGUAAAAAUUGGGUGAUCUUCACUUAGGACAAAUAUCUGACCAUAUAUAAUAACUAAAGGCUAUAGAGCAGAAGUGCCAAAUAUGUGCAUGUACAAUUCACUCAAAAUGUUCACUUUGAAGUCCAGAUUUGAUCAAGUUCAUUGGAUCUGGGGACAAGUUAUUUUUUUCAGACAAAAUCUCACCCGUCUUCCAUUGUGUAGUGCUAAUGGUUGACACAGAUGUGCAGAAAGACUGGUGAGUAGAAUAAAAUAAACAUUGAAAUUGUGUUAAAGAAGUAUCAUGACACUGCUGUUACCAGUGCUUGGGUUCCUUCUAAAGACAUAUUUAUUUACAAAGAGGUCCUUAUUUUCAUGGAUUCUGACAUUUUAACAAGUGUUCCUUGCAUGUGGCUUGCUGGCAGAAACAAACACCUGAUUAAUGCAUGGACUUCAUGUUAACAGGUUCUUAUUGGAAUAUUAUUACUGAAUUUCUUUAUAAGAAUAUUUAGGGUAUAAGCUACUUUGAACUGAAAAUAUAUUAGCAGUUUUCCCUGUAAGCCAAUAAAGGACUAUAGUGAAUAUCAUGUAAAACAGAAAAAAUGAAAUAGCAUAUGAAAAUUGCUACUAGAGUAGUUCAGCUAUAUUUUUCUCUGAAUCAUUUUCCUUUUUUCAUGAGAGCAAGUUUCUCCCUCUGAAAAAUUCAUUCAUUUCAAUUUUGCAAACAAAAGAACUUCAUGCAUAUUGAUAUUGUUGUUUUAAGGGUUUACAUAAGGCACUUUAUUAAUGGCAUUGAAGUGAAAGUUCAGUCUCAGCUUUUGACAGUAAAGUGGUUAAUUCCCAUUGAAUUCUACAUUUAUAGUAUUUCUUCACCUUAAAUUUAACAUGGAAAUAUUAAAGUGUUUUUUUUUUUCUUUAGACCAUGAGAAUAAUGGUUUUACACAUGACUUGUCUUUACAGCUCAGUGGAAAAACUAAACAGAAGUGAGUGCCAAAACCAAAAGUUGCUGGCUCUGAACCUCAUCAAAUCCUGCCUGAUGCUCUCUUCUAAACACAGAGAUAAUCCUAGGAAGCUGAUGAUUACUCCUUCCCUGAACUCUAUUGAACAGGGCACUUUGUAUCCCACAUGAUACUACAGGCAAUAUUGAAGCAUUUGGCAUUAAACUUUUGUACAGCAGAGAAUGUUUUGCUCUUUAAAGGGACGCUGGCUAGUAGUCCAUAUGGAAAACUAGCACAGAAGAGAUUUGGCAACCUUUUAUUACACUGGGGCUCUGUGGAAAUGUGCCUCGUGAGAGCUGAAUUCUGAUCCUCUCAGAAACAGAUAAGCUACUAAACAAAUUUUUAUCAUGAGUUGAUCCCAAAUAUCUGAAGAUGAUCUUUCAUGAAAUUGAUUUUAGCUAAGAUAUGCACACUUGAUUCUGUUCUGUGUUUGGUAUACUUUCUAUCUUUAACAUGGAAAAAUAGAUGGUUUGAAGUCUGCGUUAUCUGUUUUCUGCAAUCUGCCAUGUUGCACGCAUUGUUAACUUCAAAACCUCACUAUACACUAUAUAUUAUCUUGUUGACAUAUUCAGUAAAGAGUUAUUUAAAAAAAUACAACAAUCUUGCUGUAUUUAUAUGAGCAAGUUAAUUAAAAUAAGGAUGUGGGUAUCUGAAAGGGACAAAAAAUAUCAAUAUUUUGUACUUUCAUUCAUGGAGAUAUUUUCAGAUGUUCUACUGAAACUUCUGUCUGUUCCAUCCUCUCUUCAUUUUCUAAAAGACAAAUGUCUUCUGUCUCUCAAAGAGUUAAAUAAUUUUUUACCUCAGUUUCUCAGAUUUAAUCUUAUCUUUAAAAAGUUAUCUCUUUCUAAUAUGCAUACAGAAAAGCAAUGUAAAACGAGAACAAACUGUACUCCAGUGUUUGCAAUUAAUAGGUACACUUCAGGAACUACAUGCCUAUAAAAAAUAUAUAUGUGGAAGCUGUGACUCAUUAUAUGCAUAGCCAUUUGAUAAAUGUGUUUGACAUUCAUCCAUGACAAUCAUGAAACUGUGUUUUUAAUUAUUAUUAUAUAUUUAAUCUGUUUCCUUGACAUGAAAUAUGAUCUUUUUCCAAUUCUCCCUUCAAAAUUGUUCUUGAAUUUUCAGAAUGCGCAGCAUUCAUACAUAAGCCUUAAUAAAUUUUUGUAUAAAGCAAAUCUUAUACAUAGCAUAUAUGGUAAUAUAUACUAUAUAUAAAGAGAUGGCUUAGCUACUUAGAAAUGGAAAUUACCCCUCUCCUACUUCCAUAUACAAGAACUAAUUUUUUGCUUUAACAGAAAGUGAAAUGCUCAAUGUUGCAAGCUCUGUUAUUUCAAAGCUUAGAGAUUUAAUAUUGCUGAGUGUCACAGUUCCUCAACAAAUUAUCUUAGUCGCUUUCUUAACCCCGAGUAUCAUGUAAAACCAAGGGUUGGUGUGCAGUACAUCCACACCUAGUCCUGCCUCUUUUUCCCUGUAAAGUUCUGCCUCCCCUCAUUUGGUGUUUCUGCUGGAGCACAUUAGACCCUGGCAACUAAACCUACUUACCACAGGAGGGUGAACAAGAGAUAAUGAAAAUGAGAAAUGCCUGCCAUCAGUUAUGUGUUUCUGACAAUGAGGGCAUCAUCAUUUUCAAUUGACAAUAUUUGCUGUUAAAAAAAAGAGUCGACAACCACUGACUUCAUCAGGUAAUCUUUUAAUAUCUUUUAAAAUUAUUUAUUGUAGCAAAGAUAAGACUUAUUUUUAAUACUUCUAAGCUCAGUUAUCUGGACUUGUUUAUACAUGUACAAUUGUGCAUAAAUUUCUUGUGUAGAGAGGAUUUAGCUACAAAGAUCUCUCAAAGAAAACACAUGGAGGAAUAUUUUUCAUUAUUGUUCAAUCAAAAUUUUUAAUAUUCCACUUUAAAAAGAGUUUUUCCAUUGAAGAAGAGUUACAGUACCACAUAGAGAAGCUGCAUUCCACAAUUAAAGUAUGUAACAAAUAUUUUGAUUCUACUUGAAAUGCCACUGUCAACAUGGAUAUUCAAAGGCUGAAAUUAAAAAAUUACUAAAAUACUUCCAUUACACAGAGAAAGAUUUGGUGAAUUUUUUAGCAAUAACUUUCAUUCCUAAAAAAAAAAAAAUAGCACAUAUUUACGGUGAAAUCCUGCCUCCACUGAUUUCAACUAUAAAUCACAAUAAUACAUAACAGAAGGAUUAUUAAAAACAUGCAUUACGACACAUAUGUCACACUAUCUAUCCCCAAAUGAAAUGCAUCAACUGAAUGAGGCAGAAGGCCUAGGUCUCUCUUAUGAAAAGCUGGGAAAUUUGUGAAAAAGACUGUGCAGAAAAUGAGUGGGGAGAUAAGUAUGUGCUGAGCAACGUUGGCCAAUAUAAAGCCAUGGAAGAUAAGAGCAUUUAAAGCCACAGAUGGUCCAGUGAGCAUAGCAAGAAUGUUCUUUAUUCACAAAAACACAUAUUUUUUCUUAUAAUCUCAUAUUUUGGCUAAAUUGUGACUGAAAAAUGCAUGCAUGAAUAUUAAGAAAGAAAAAAAGAGAAAAAGAAAGAAAGGGAGAGUGUUGGUUUGACUACAAAGUCAAACAAUUUAAACGACUGUCUUAUAAUCCUGACCUCAUAUAUUUCCACAAGCUGCUUUGGGCAUUCACAGGUCAGGAGCCAAUGCAUAAUUCAUUGCUCUCUGACUUACAAUGAAAAUGCUAGGAAUUUCUCCCCAUUUAGGAAACCUGUUCAGAAAAUUCUAGAGUUGAUGCGAAGUCAAGUUCUGCAGUAUAUGCUGAUGUGAGCAAUGACAUUUAUUCAAGCAGGACAUUAGCAUGUGUUUGUGAGGACUGCAGAAGCAAGGCAUACACAAUAUUUGAUUUUCAAGAAAACACUACACCUGACAAGAAGCAGGUAUGAGUUAUCAAGAACAGAUGAUUUAGAAAAACAGACAAGUAGAAACCUGAGUAAGGGGAGAUACUCCAUAGUACUGUAGUUAUUUUAAUAGUAUACAGCUAAGUACUUCAGACAAUUAAAAAAGGAGUUCAUAAAAGUAUUGAAGCUUUUCAUAUUUCCCUUCCCUAGGAGCAUAUAUUCCAUUUCCAGUUCACAAGAACAUUGUUCAGACAGCUUUUUACUUACAUCUUCAUUGGAGGUUAGUUUCAAAGCAAGUGUUUUUUGUUGUUUUUUUUAAAAAUUGGUCAUGAUGUUUAUUUGAAGUCUUGGUAUGCACUGAUUUAUUUCAUUGGCUAUGAAGAGUUUGAGAAAUAGACUACUUUGUGUGCAAUACUUGCUUUCAUGGGAAAUUAGUAUAUGCGUAGAGCUUUCUGAUUUUGUAAUUUAACUUUUCCUUUUUGUAAUUUAACUUUACAAAAAUUGAGCAAAUUUGAAGUAGAGCAAAUUUAAACUAUUUUCUGCUGUAAUUACAGCAGUGGUUAGACUGUCAUAUUCUUUCUAACAGAAGACAAAAUUUAAAAAUACUGUUAAGAAAAAUUAUCUUAUGGAAUUUUGAUAUCAAUUUUCAGUUGAAUUAAUUACUUUUCAACACUUAAUUGCAAUACUCAUGCUGAGAACUUGAGCUAGAAACACUGAGUAAACUCAGGUUUGUGGUUAUAGGAACUUUAGGUUCAUAGGUUCAGUUUUACAGAUGAUUAUUAGCAGCUGCACAAGGAGAAGGGAACAAAGGUUUCUUCUUCCUUACUCAAGUAUCAGAUUCCUUUCUGCAGUGAUCAAGGAGGAAAUACAGCUACUUCACAGAGAUCUCCCUCAAGAAACGAGGUGGCCAGAACAGAAAGAAAAUACAUGCAGUCACCAUUUCUCUUUGAUGACUACAGAAUCUGGCAGAAGUAGAGCUGAAUCAUAUUAUAAGGGAUGCAGCAAAUUCCAGGUGUUCUGCAUCAUUAAACAGGACAUUUGCUUUGCCCAGGACCCUACUGAGGUGCCUUCACUGAGGUUCGUGUUCUUGGAGGACUUGUGUCAAAAGGCAAAACUCAUGCCCAUAAGAGCAAGGAAGGAUCUGGGUUUUACUUUGUUUUGUGGGUAUUUAAUUACUCUUUCCUGUAAGUUCUGAAGUGCCAGCUACACCACACUGUUCAAAGAGUGUGCAACAAGGCAGGUUUGAAUGGUCACAUUUUUGAUGACUCUCCUUUUAUCAGUGCAAAUAUUAGUGAGGUCCACGAAGGCAAGUGGAUUCCAAUCCACAGCAGAUGUGAUCAUUGUGUUAGCCAAUGUGUCAGACCAGACACUAUUUUCAGUUUAGAUGUCUAUUACUUUUCUCCCUUAUUUCUUGUCAAAUUAUUUUUUUUUCUUAAUGCCUGAAACUAAGCAUUUUGUACUAUUGCUUAUUUGUCACAGAGAAAUCCUACCAAUACAGUGAACCAUUUGUCAUGAA